UCAACGGGGAUUUUCACAGUCGUAUAAAAAAGUUUACGAGUAACUUAUGAACGUGAAACUGAACUUGAAAACUCUACUAGUAGACUACACGAUGCAAAGUAUUAAGAUUUCAGGCGCUAUAAUAACAUUUUAGACGACCUUUCUGAAUGGUUAGAAUCACAUACUUGACUUCGAGUUUCCCUGUUGGCUCUCAUUAUGGUGAGAUGGCAGCAGCUAUUCCAGUUGCUGUUGCGAGGUCUCCCUCAAAGUUUGAUGAUUAUAGCGACGAUGCAGUAGACCCCCGGGUAAAGGAGGAACUGGAGAAGCUAAAUGAGGCGACAGAUGCCAUCAAUAAACUUGAGGUGGAGCUCGAUGAGGCCAGAGCUGUGUUUCGUCAGGUUCUCACCGAGUCUACCCAACGGCUGAAUAUACUUGCCAAGAAGCUGGGAAGCUGCAUCGAGAAAGGGCGUCCGUACUACGAUGCGCGGCUGAAGGCGCGGCAGGCUCAGGUCGAGACGCAAAAGGCGGCUGUCAAGUUUGAGCGCGCGAACAGCAUGCACCGCGCCGCUGUCGAGAUGGUGAAUCUCGCGGAGCAGGGACUCGUCCGUCAUGGCGGCAAUUUCGACCCCACCUGGCAGGAGAUGCUAAACCACGCCACACUGAAGGUGAACCAGGCAGAAGUUGAUAAGAUAAGCAGUGCGAGCGAGCACAGGUGCAAGUCGCACGCGUACAACGACGCCGAGCAGAACGUCAAGGAGCUGCAGCGGGAGUUGAAGCGAUCGAUUGCCAAGUCCAGUUUAUCCACGCGCCGAAGCUUGUUGCAACUAAAUAACUUAGCCAACUUGCACCGGUUACAAUUGCUGCCGUACUUUGAGAUGAAGGCGAGCUUCAACAAGCUGCUGGAGGAGCAGCGUAACCGCGUGCGCGCCGUCGAGGCGAACGUCGCCGUCGUCAAGCAGCAGUACGCCGGCGCCCUUCACAGCCUCGAGGACAUCAGCGAGGCGAUCCACGAGCGACGCAAGCGACGCGACGACGUCGCCGCGCUCGGCGAACGCAGCGCCGGCGUCGGCUCCGAGACGCCGCCGCCGGCGCCCUCUGUCGAGGCGGCCGCGGCGACGGUGGCGCCCUCUGUCGCGGCGGAGACCACGCCCGGGUCGUCGCCCGAGGACGUGUUCGUGGCGGACGGCGACGACAAAGACGCGGGGUCGGCACCGAGGUCGCGGGAGGUGACGAGCGCCGAUUCCACGCCGGGGUUGCCGGCGGGGUCAGGGUUUGUGCCGGGGUCGCCGGCGGGGUCAGGGUUUGUGCCGGGGUCGCCCGCGGGGUCAGGGUUCGCGCCGGGGUUGCCGGCGGGGUCAGGGUUUGUGCCGGGGUCGCCCGUGGGGUCAGGGUUUGCGCCGGGGUUGCCGGCGGCGGCUACAGAGCGGGGCUCCGGAUGGGCGUCGACGCCAAAGUCGGGCGAUAGGUCGCACACGCGGUCGGAGUCUCACUCUCCGACGCCGGCCGACGCUUCCAGUGGCUCCCCCUUGCGGCAGGCGUCCGCGUCGGCCGUACUCGAGAGCUCGACCUCCAGCUGCGACUUGUCGGGCGUCAGCGAGCGCAGCCGCCGCCGCUCGACGGUGACCUUUGACAUUCGCACCGACCUGCGCAACAUCCGGCAGGAGCUCGCCGAUCUCGAGGAGGAGCUGUAUCCCACCAGGGGGCGCCGGCGCGCGGUGAGCGUCUUCUGGGAGCCGAGCGAGCGGGUACCACCGGCGGCCGGGCAGAGGCUGCUGAGGCGGCGCGACACGAUGACGAGUCCCGAGGAGGUGGCGCGCGAGCGAAGCCGGGAGGAUGCGGCGGCCGUCGCCGCGGGAUACGCGUCGCCAUCGGGGUUGUCGCUGAACGCGCAGCUGCUCGAGGCGUGUGCGAUCUCGGAGGCUGCGUGCGCGGGAGUCGCCGAGACGACGAGCGACUUCAUGAAGCUGCCGCGAUUCGUCGGCCGGCAGUCGUUGUCGGCGGAAAAGCUCAAAGGCUCGAAGGCUCACGGCCUCCUGCUGCGUCUCGCCUCCGACCCGGGCCAACCGGCCGCCUUCACCACGGACCACGCAAGAUUACCGCCGGCCCGCGUCUCCGUUGUCGCGGCAACGAGCGAUCGCCCGUCGUGCGACGGCAGGCGUCCCAGGGACGCGUCGACGACGGCGGCCGGGGACCGACACGAGAAGACGCUCACUUGUUCUGCGCCGCGGGAGGCGACUUCUGCCGUCGACGCGUCGAAGGGAAGGCGGAGCACGAGUGCGCCCCCUGGUGAGGAGAGCGAGCAUGUUCAGCUGAGCGACAGAGUCACUUCUGAUUGUGCGAGCGUAGCUAGCUGUGAUGUUCUAGAUGACCACCAGGUGGAGCAUUGAGCUCGAGUAGCGGGUAAAUGAAGCACUUUCUCAUAUACAGUCAAACCUCGGUUAUCCGAACAUCAAUUAUCCGAAUUUUGGAUUAUCCGAACAAGAUCUCAAGGUCCUGUGAAUAUUUAAUAAGCCACUAGACCAUCAGUUAUCCGAACAAUCGGUUAUCCAAACAAAAUAGUCCCCACCCAUCUCGUUCGGAUAGAGGUUUGACUGUACAGAGAUUGGAAGUUAAGUGUAGUGAUGUGCCUACAGCUUGCCACAUGUCAUUAACCUGUGAAGUGUCCACAAUCAAAAUUUAUACGCGUGCGUUUUAGCGUGAAUAGUUGUUUUAAACUGCAAGGACGCGUGGAAACGUUAAGAUGUGUUAUGAGAUUUUUAUUCGGUUUUAUUUAUAGUUUAUAUUGCUAAAAGUUAUGAAAUGGUCUAUUGUGUUGCACCUGGUGGAAAAGCAUUACUGAAAACAUAUAUUAAUUAUAUAUUCUUUUUUUCAAUUUUGGUUUAUAAAGGUGUGAAUGCACAAUUUGCUUUGGUGAUAUAUAUAUAUUAUAAAUUUAAUUUGUCACAGCUGUCACUCAAUUCCUAGCAUAAUAUCAUAUUUUACCCACCGUAACAAUGGAAUGUUGAUAUUUCCAAUCUGAAGAUAUAUUGAUGAUAAAUUUUAUUAUGUGAAUUUGCAUAAAGAUGUAAUAAUUAUUUGUGAAGAACACAUUAUCUGCGAGAAUCUGGGCAACCUGUUAUGAUAAAUAAAUAAUUACAAAACA